AUGAUUUAUGAGAAUAUAGGUAGCUCACUAGAUUAUCCAAAUUUUGGCAAAAUUGUUGAUCUAUUGUUUUUAAAACGCAAAACACGGAACUAUUUAAUCAGUUUUGUUGACAAUCAACUAAAGUCUCAAUUAUACAUGAGCGACUUUUUGGGUAUUUACUUUAAAAAGCUCUCGCAUGGAGCUGCUGGAAAAGAAAAUGAAGAAACUGUAAUAAAGCAAAUGAUAAUAUAUACUUUAACGAACAACAAUAGAGGAAGCACAAAUGAAAGAGAGGUAAUAAUAAGUGAUUAUAUACUUUACUUGGUCAAUUAUUUGGCACAAAAUACAUUCCCAAUUCAAGAGAUCGGACAUUAUUAUACUUCAAUUCAGCAAAUUAUUCAUUACAUCCCAAGUUUAUACGAUUUUAUAAUAAAUUUAGGAUCAGAAGAGUUACAAAGAGCAACCGAUCUUUGGCAUAAGCAUUUUUUUACGGCAAUAACCGAGAUAACUUUAAAUAACGACAUGGAAAUUCCAAAAAAAAUACUAGAAAUUUUUCAACAUAUAGCUAUAUAG